AUGGUGGGCCCCUUCAGCGCCGUCGAUCGCAGGGUGGUUAGAGUCGCCAUCGUAGGCGACUGUGGUACCGGAAAAUCCACACUCAUUGCCGCAAUGGCGUCGGAAUCUUUCCCCAAGUCCGUUCCGCCCGUGCUCCCUCCUACUCACCUGCCUCAUAAUAUCUACCCCGAUUCCGUUCCUCUUACCCUCAUUGACACACCUUCCAGCUUCGAAAAGCAAGGCGAGCGCAGUGAAGAAUUGAAGCGAGCUGACACGGUGGUCUUAACCUAUGCUUGCGACGAACCGUUGAGCUUUGAGCGUUUGAGUACUUACUGGCUCCCUGAACUGCGGAAGUUGGAGGUGAAGGCACCUGUGAUUGUAGUUGGCUGUAAGCUUGACCUUCGGAAUGAAAAUCAGCUAGUGAGCUUAGAGAGUCUCACAACAAAUAUCAUGCAACAGUUCACAGAAAUUGUCACUUGUGUUGAAUGCUCUGCUGUUACACUUUACCAGGUCCCAGAAGUUUUUUAUUUUGCCCUAAAAGCAGUACUGCAUCCAGUAGAUCCGUUGUUUGAUUAUAAAAGACAUGGUUUGACAGAUCCAUGUGUGAGGGCUUUAAGAAGAAUAUUUAUUCUAUGCGAUCAAGACAUGGAUGGUGCUCUCAAUGAUGAAGAGCUAAAUGAGUUUCAGGUUAAAUGCUUCAAUGCAGCAUUGCAGCCAUCUGAAAUAGUAAAAGUCAAAUCGAUUGUGCAGCAGAAAGUACCUGACGGAGUCAACUCUGUUGGUCUUACCUUUCCAGGCUUUAUUUAUGUCAAUAACAUGUUUCUACAGAAAGGGCGAACAGAGACAUUGUGGGCCGUUCUAAGAAAGUUUGGAUAUGAUAAUAAUUUAAAACUUCGGGAUGAUUUCCUUCCAAUUCCAUCCAUGCAUGCUUCUGAUCAGAGUGUGGAGCUGACAUGUGAAGCCGUAGAGUUUCUGAAUGAUAUCUUUCAAUUGUUAGAUACAGAUAAAGAUCUAACUCUACGACCUGCCGAAGUUGAUAACCUAUUUGAUACUGCUCCAGAAAGUCCAUGGAACAAUGCUCCAUAUAAGGAUGCAGCAGAGAAAACUGAUACGGGCUAUAUCUCUCUAAAUGGAUUUUUGUCUCAGUGGGCCCUCAUGACAUUACUUGAUCCAAAACUUAGCUUGGCUAAUUUGAUUUACAUUGGAUAUAAGGGUAAUCCUGCUGCAGCACUCCAUGUCACUCGUAAAAGAUCAUUAAAUCGCAAGAAGCAAACUACAGAAAGAAAUGUGUUCCAAUGCUAUGUUUUUGGUUCUAAACAGGCUGGGAAAUCUGCUUUGCUGUACUCGUUACUGGGAAGGCCUUUCUCAAAUAAUUAUAUUCCAACAACAGUUGAGCAGUAUGCGGCAAAUGUCAUUGAACUAAAAGGGGUAACCCGGAAAAUUCUCAUAUUGCGUGAGAUACCUGAGGAUAGAUUACCGGAACUUUUAUCAAAUCAGGAUUUUUUGGCUGCAUGCGAUGUAGCUGUUUUUGUGUAUGACAGCUCAGAUGAGUAUUCAUGGAAGAAAUCCAGAGAUUUGCUUGAUAAGGUCGUUAAAAAUGGAGAACUAACUGGUUAUAGAACCCCUUGCCUGGUUAUCGCUGCUAAGGAUGAUUUAUCUCCAUUGCCAAGGGCAGUACUAGAUUCAUUUAAGGUUAGCCAGGAAUUGGGAAUAAAGGCACCUGUUCACGUCAGUAUGAAACUAGGUGAUUCGAGUAAUGUGUAUAACAAAAUUAUUAAUGCAGCAGAAAACCCUCAUUUGAGCAUUCCAGAAACUGAGAUUUCGCGAAGAAAGAAGCAACACCACCAGUUUCAUCGCUCUCUGAUUUUUGCCUUGGUUGGGGCUGCUAUGGCGGUUGCCGGUUUGACAGCUUGUCGCGUGCGCGCAGCGAAGAAGAAUGCUACUACUGCUUAGCAAUCAAACAACCGUUAUCCUAUUGCUUCUAACUUUUUAACAGUAUUUUUCUUUCUAACCUUGGUCUACCUAAAGUUAAAUGUUUGAUGUAUAGUAAUUACAAAUCACCUUCAUUGUUGUUGUAAGCAUGCUUUAACAAGGCUUCUUCAAUAUGAUUUACAUCUAGGUUUUUUUUA